AUGCUGCGAUAUUUCCUAUCAAUCUCAGUGUCUAUAGCUUUCGCUCAUUCUGCGGUCGAUCCACUACAGAAGUUUCCUAUAGCGAUUAUAGUCGGCGUGAAAAAGGCCGGUACAAGGGCUCUAUUGGAGUUUCUGAGGUUGAAUCCACGAAUUCGAGCACCUGGACCAGAAGUGCACUUUUUUGAUAAGAACUAUCAUAAAGGACUGGAAUGGUAUAGAGAGAAAAUGCCCUUCACGUUCGAUGAUCAGUUGACGAUCGAGAAAAGCCCUGCAUAUUUUCACAGUAAAGCUGCUGCCGAACGAAUCCGCGCGCUCAAUCCAGCCAUGAAAAUCAUCAUAGUGGUGCGAGAUCCGGUAAUGAGAGCGAUAUCUGACUACACGCAAGCUUCUUCAAAGAGGAGAACACUGGGAAUGAUGCCAACGUUCGAAGACAUGGCUGUGGGGGACUGCGCUCCAUGGUUGAAGACAAACUGUUCCUCCAAAGUGGGCGGAGUUAAUGUGGGAUGGGGAGCGAUUCGCAUAGGAGUUUACCACAAACAUAUGAAAAGAUGGCUGGACAAUUUUCCAUUGGACCAGAUCCACAUUGUUGAUGGAGAACGUCUUGUUGCACAACCAGCCCUGGAAGUCAGCAGAACGGAACGAUUUCUUGGACUCGUGCCAGGUAAGAGCGGAAUUAAUUUCCCAUGUUCACUUAAGGGAAGAGAGAUGAUUGCAGUGGUCAAACCUGACAAUUUCGGCGUCGACCCGGCUAAAAAGUUUCCGUGCGUUCGCCGUUCUGGCGGCAGUUUGCGCUGUCUCGGGAAGACCAAAGGAAGAAAACAUCCAGUGGUUCGUGCAGAAGUGCUACAACAAUUGCGACAAUUUUAUAAACCAGAAAAUUUCAAGUUCUUCCGAAUGAUCAAUCGAUCAUUCGAAUGGUAG